AAAUUUAUGAUUUUUUCCCCCAAAAUUCACGAGAAAGAAAAUCCCACAAACUCCAAAAAUCCCUUUUCUCUCAUCAUCGUCAUCAUCAUCAAUGCUCAUUGCCUUUUCAAUCCAAAUCCCUUCUUUUCGUUUUUUCUCUCCCUUUAUUUCUACUCUUCUUCUUCUUCUUCUUCUUCUUCUUCUUCUUCUUCUUCAUCCUUUCCGUUCCCUUGAUCUUCUCUUUUCCUCUCUCAUCUUGUAGAGAAUUAGAAAGUGGGCUUUCGCAUGGAGAAGAAGACUUAUCCCAUAGGUGAAGAAUUUUAUAUUCUAUAUGAAGAGGUUGGGCAGGGUGUGAGCGCUGCAGUUCACCGUGCUCUUUGUAAACCUCUUAAUGAAAUCGUCGCCAUCAAGAUUCUCGAUUUUGAGCGUGAGAAUUGUGAUCUGGCUAGCAUUUAUCGUGAAGUACAGACAAUGAUCUUGGUUGACCAUCCGAAUGUCCUUAAAUCACACUGCUCCUUUGUCAAUGGCCAUAAUUUGUGGAUUGUUAUGCCCUACAUGUCUGGAGGUUCAUGUCUUCACAUAUUGAAGGCUGCAUAUCCUGAUGGCUUCGAGGAGGUCGUGAUAGCAACAGUAUUGCGAGAAGUAUUGAAGGGAGUUGAAUAUCUUCAUAAUCAUGGACAUAUACAUCGGGAUAUAAAAGCAGGGAAUGUUCUUAUUGAUUCACGUGGUGCAAUCAAGCUAGGAGAUUUUGGUGUUUCUGCUUGCCUUUUUGAUUCAGGUGAUCGACAACGUGUGAGGAAUACAUUCGUGGGGACACCUUGCUGGAUGGCACCUGAGGUUAUGGAGCAAUUAAAUGGUUAUGACUUCAAGGCUGACAUCUGGUCUUUUGCCAUAACUGGGUUAGAGCUUGCCCAUGGCCAUGCUCCUUUCUCAAAAUAUCCUCCAAUGAAGGUACUGAUGAUGACCUUGCAAAAUGCACCUCCAGGCCUUGAUUAUGAGAGGGAUAAAAAAUUUUCAAAGUCUUUCAAGCAGAUGAUUGCUAGUUGCUUGGUAAAGGAUCCUUCAAAACGACCUUCUGCGAGUAAGCUGCUAAAGCAUUCAUUUUUUAAGCAAGCCCGGUCAAAUGAUUACAUUGCACGCACCCUUUUGGAAGGGCUACCUGUUCUUGGUGAUCGUAUAAAGGCACUUAAGAGAAAGGAAGAAGAUAUGCUUGCACAAAAGAAAAUGCCAGAUGGAAAAAAGGAAGAAUUAUCACAGAAUGAAUAUAAACGAGGCAUCAGUGGAUGGAACUUCAAUCUUGAUGAUCUAAAGGCUCAGGCAUCUCUGAUUCAGGAAUUUGAAGAGUCAAUUAGUGAAAUCAAUGAAGUAGGGAGCUCAAAUUCAUUGAAUGCACUUGAUGUGCAAGAAAAGAAAUUACAAGGCCAAAAUUCUUCAGAAAUUUCAGAUAUUGAAGAGAAUGCCUUGCUCCGGAGACAACCCUCCAUGAAAGCAAACGACACAGUAAAUGGUAAAAAGUCUAUCAAUGAAUCAACAAUUAUUGGUUCUUGCUCCCAACAUCAUUCUUCACCCCGCCAUGAUAAUCAAACUGAGAAUGGCUCCAGUGAAGAGGUUAAUUUGGAGAGCAGCAGAAGAAUUAUGGGGAAUACUCCUAAUACUAUCCAACAUAAAAGAAGUAUUUCUUCUAAUACCUGUAUUCAACAAGAAGUCGGUGUGCCUCUGAACAGAAGAGAGAGUUACGAGACAGAAAAGAAUGGUGCAAAUGGAAGUCCUGCAACGGGAAUGACUUCCCAGGCGGUAGAUGAUGUACUUUCUGAUUCUCAUUCUAAAGAUCCCAAGUCAUCAUCAAGUCCAGCAAUAAUUGAAGAGGAUCAGGAUGAGAAAGCGAAGGCACCAGUUAUUCAGCAGAAAGGGCGUUUCAAAGUUACUUCAGAGAGUGUCGAUUUAGAAAAGGCAGCAGCAUCCCCUAUUCUGCAAAAAAGUCACAGUAUGCAGGUUGGUAAUUUUGAGGUGAUUACCUCAAAUUGUGCUACUCCUCUACCUUCUAAUCUACCAACUCCUCUACUGACACCUCUGCUGACACCUCUACCUUCAUCUGAUGCUACACCAAUUAAUACUAGAUCUUCUAUGUUUCCAGUGUUGCACUCUGUUUUGCAGACAAAUAUCGUUCAAAGGGAUGAUAUUUUGACUCUAAUGAGGCAAAUCUCAACUGGAGAAUUUUCAGCUGAUGGCGUAGUUGAUGUCUCAGCGGCACAUAUAACAGCAACGGAGAAAUCUUUGCUUGAAGCAGCUCAUGAAAGGGAGAAGGAUUUACUUAACGAAGUAACUGAGUUACAGUGGAGGAUAUUACGGGCGAGAGAUGAAAUCCAAAGAUUAAAAUCAAACAAUGCAGGUUAAUGGUAGAGAUCUAAACAUCCCAGGGUUUGUGGAUUGAAUAUGAACAUGUGGAAUGGACAUAGAAAAGGCCUUGAAAUAAUCACUCUUAGGUGUACAAUAGAAGUAGAGAAGGAAAGGGGAAAAAAAAAGAAGGAAAAAACAAACAAGCAAAUGUCAUAUUGGGUGUACUUUUGAUAUCUACUCAACAAUUUGAACAAAUUUUCCUUUUGUAGAUUUAUUUAUUUUCAUUAAUUUCUGCAAAAUAAUGUGCAGAUUUAGUGAAAUUAUUGUUAGUGUACAUUAUUUUAGUGGUAGUUUAUGAAACUUUAUUUAAGUUUUUAAAA